AUGUUAAUUUUUAAAGGUGUCGGUGGCAGUGGUAGACAAAGUGCAGCACGCCUGGCAGCCCAUAUGUCUGACUUUGAGUUCUUCACCAUCGAGAUUUCUCGUAACUACGGCGUGAAUGAAUGGCAUGACGACUUGAAACGUCUGCUAGUCAAGGCUGGAGUCACUUGCAAACCCACUGUCUUCUUCUUCUCCGAUGGGCAAAUUAAGAAGGAGUCCUUCAUGGAGGAUCUGUCCAUGCUUUUGAACUCAGGUGAUCUGCCAAACCUGUUUCCGGCGGACGAGAAGGCCGACAUUUUGGACAAGAUGCAAAACAUCGCGAGGGGAGAGGGUCGAAAGAUCGAUUCAACGCCCUUGGCCAUGUACAACUUUUUCAUUGAAAAGGUGCGGAAGAAUUUACACAUAGUACUAGAAAUGAGUCCAAUUGGUGAUGCUUUCCGCACGCGCCUUCGUAUGUUCCCCUCGCUCAUCAACUGCUGCACUAUCGACUGGUUUCAGGUUCGUUUAACUUCCCGGCCUGGGAAUUUGAAUUUCAUCCUUCUUUAA